AUGCUGGGAAACUCCCGACACCUGUACCCCGGGACGGAGGAGGAAGAGGAGGAGGAGGAGGAGGAGGAGGAGCUACGGGACGACAAGGCCUACGAGGCGGCGGAGGCGUCUGGGGAGACGGAAGACGACGUUCACCACGGCGGCCUGUCCCGGGGCAGGUCUGCGAAGGCGCCCCCUAGAGGACAGAUGCGGACAGGGAACCCCAGCCACGCCAACAGCAACCCCUACUCCUCCACCCCUGGCCCCGCCCACCAGCAGCCCUCAGCCAAUCAGAGGAGGCUGAAGGAACGCAGCUCUGUGACCUCCGACGACGCCACCAUCGCCAUGAUGGUGUUCCGAAUCGGGAUCCCGGACAUAAAGCAAACGGUUCUGCUCAGUGUCUGCCCAGGUUCUGCUCUGGUUCUGCUCAGGUUCUGCUAUGAUUCUGCUAAGGUUCUGCUCAGGUUCUGCUCAGUGUCUGCUCAGUGUCUGCUCAGGUUCUGCUCAGGUUCUGCUCAGUGUCUGCUCAGGUUCUGCUCAGUGUCUGCUCAGGUUCUGCUCAGGUUCUGCUCAGUGUCUGCUCAGGUUCUGCUCAGGUUCUGCUCAGUGUCUGCUCAGUGUCUGCUCAGUGUCUGCUCAGGUUCUGCUCAGUGUCUGCUCAGGCUCAGUGUCUGCUCAGUGUCUGCUCAGUGUCUGCUCAGGUUCUGCUCAGUGUCUGCUCAGGUUCUGCUCAGGUUCUGCUCAGUGUCUGCUCAGGUUCUGCUCAGUGUCUGCUCAGUGUCUGCUCAGGUUCUACUCAGGUUCUGCUAUGAUUCUGCUCAGGUUCUGCUCAGGUUCUGCUCAGUGUCUGCUCAGUGUCUGCUCAGGUUCUGCUCAGGUUCUGCUCAGUGUCUGCUCAGGUUCUGCUCAGUGUCUGCUCAGUGUCUGCUCAGUGUCUGCUCAGUGUCUGCUCAGGUUCUGCCCAGUGUCUGCUCAGUCUCUGGGGGGUGUGGGUGGUGUUGGGGUGGUGUAGUCUCUGGGGGGGUGUGGGUGGUGUUGGGGUGGUGUAGUCUCUGGGGGGUGUGGGUGGUGUUGGGGUGGUGUAGUCUCUGGAGCGGGUGUGGGUGGUGUUGGGGUGGUGUAGUCUCUGGAGCGGGUGUGGGUGGUGUUUGA